UGAAUUUACAUUUUCAAAUAUUAACAAGCAAUAAUUUAAAUUAUUUUAAUUUACGAAAUACAUAUACAUUUCAGCAGGCAUGGCUUGCUAAUGAUGACAGGUUUUGCUGGUUAGUGAGUCAAAUGGUGACGAAAAAAAUGUCAAAAAUCCCAACAUCGUAAAUUUUCACAGCGUUGGCUACAAGCAGCCGUCUGGAACAGUUUAUUCACAGACGUUAGCACAUCGCAUUUGGUUUGAAAAAAUAUAUGUUCAAGUGAGUGUUGUUUUUAAAACAAUCUUGUUUUCUUUACGAGCAUCAAUAAACCGAAUUUGAGAAUUGAUUUCAAAAUUCAUUGAUGAAUAAACUUACGGUAAAAUAUUGCAAAUAAUUUUGACUGACCUUAUAACAUUGUUGUGUUGAAAUAAUUGAUGCCGUUUGCCUGCUAUUCUUUAAUCCAAAAUCGGCAGGAGUUUGAUUGACGCUAAAAUGAAAAGAACAUUUUACGGUCGGCAAUGGUUGUUCGAAAAGAUUCAAGAUAUUGUAGAAAAAGAUAAAAACUUGGAUGAACCUAAGUAUCGAGGUGUUUUGAUAUUAGGACAAGCUGGGUCUGGUAAAACUACCGUUUGUCAACAAUUACUUCAUCCCAAUAAAAGUCAGAGUACACAAAAUGAUUUAUUUGAAAAGAUUAUAGCGUAUCAUUUCUGUGAUACUAAUGAUAAACAGUCUUUAGACGUUUAUAAAUUUGUAGAAAACAUUGCUUUACAGUUAUACAAGAAUGAGAAACUUGCCGAAAAGAGACGGCAGUAUUAUAUGACACAAAUUGCAAAUAUUAUGAAGGAUGAACACAAAAACGAAGAUAUUGUUAACAUUUUUAAGAAAGUUAUCGUUUGUCCACUUCAAGAUUACAGCACAAAUAAUGAAAGGUUAAUAAUUCUGGUUGAUUCAAUUGACGAGUCAAUGAUUGAUAAUGAAGGUUCCAAUACUGAUGCUAUUGACAUUUGCAAUUUGUUUGUUAUUGCUUUGCAACAAUGUGCAUUGCCCUCUUGGCUGAAGUUUGUUAUUACAACACGAAGACAGUCCAGAGAAAUCAUUAAAGUGUUUUCUGGGAUGAGGAAGGUCACUUUGGAUGAUUUAAAGAAGUCAUAUGUUGUUAAAGAUGUGCAACAAUAUAUUUUAGACCGUCUUGAUUCAGAGGUUGAACUUAGAAAGCAUUUGACACAUGACACAGCAGAAAUGUUUAAUUUACUUCAAGUAAAAAGCAAUGGAUGUAUUUUGUAUCUUGAGCAAAUAUUAGACAACAUUAUCAAAGGUGUUCUUACUAUACAAGAUGCAGUUGAAAUUCCAGGAACAUUAAAUGGUUUGUACUUGUGGUUGUGUCAGAGAUUGUUCCCUCAAGAUAUUUAUGAGACUCAUUAUAGACCAAUUUUGGAAAUAUUAUUGGCAUCAAGGCAAAAUUUGAAUUUUGAUGAUUUAUUUGAUAUUAUGAAGUUGGUUAACGAGAAUGUAAAUGAAAAGCAACUAUGUGAAAGUUUAUCUAAAUUAAUGACUGUUUUACAGUUAUCCAAUGGUCGUUAUCACUUUAUUCACCAUUCUUUUUGCGAAUGGCUCACUGAUGUGAAACAUUGCACUCGUCGUUAUCUUUGUAAUGUAUCAAGAGGUAACGCCAUGUUAGCUGUGUAUUUAAUGUGCAAAGGAAAGACAUUGACAGAAGAAGAGAAUGAAAAUUUCUUAUGGCAUUUAUUACACAGUCAAUAUCCUUCUAGUGAUCCUAGCAAACUUGACCAAUGGCUUAAAUGGAGUGGUGUUCAUGGUCAAGAUGUUGAAUCUUUUGGAGAAAAUAUCAAAAUUGAAAGUUCACAUAUCUUGAGAGAAACAUUGCCAUCUACAUAUGAAGAUGGAGUGGUUCACUUGAAGAAAGAUAAUCAACCUGAUUCACAUGUGCAUAUCAACAAAGAUGAUGUGGGCAAAGAUGAAGACUGGACAGCAUUGUUGAAAGCAGCUUUUGACGGUAAUAAAAGUGAAGUUCGUAGUCUUAUUCAGAAAGGUGCUGAUGUAGACUUUGUCAACAGAAAAGGUCAAAGUUCAUUGAAUAUUGCAUGCAGAGAAGGUCAUUUUAACAUUGUUUAUGACUUAAUAAAUUGUGGCUCAGAAAUUAAUACAAGAGACAGUGAUGGUUGCACACCAUUACGAGCAGCAGCAAGAUGUGGUUCAUCAGAUAUUGUGAGACUCCUAUUAAAACAUGGAGCAAUUCCUGAUUUAGCUGAUAAUGAGCAGAGAACAGCUUUGAGAGCUGCUAGCUGGGGUGGUCAUACAGAUAUUGUUCUUCAGCUGUUACAGAAAGGUGCAGAUCCUAAUCACUUGGAUAAAGCUGGUCACACAGCAUUAAUUGCUGCAUCUUAUAGUGGUUUUAUAAAGACAGUUGAAGUUUUGUUGGAUCACAAUGCAAAUGUCAAUCAUAAUGACAGUGAUGGUAGAACAGCCUUGUCUGUUUGUAUCAUUUCAGAAACAUUAAACAAUCAUGUUGAUAUAAUCAAGCUCUUGUUGGAUUAUGGUGCAGAGGUAGAUCGUCCAGAUUAUGAUGGUAUGACACCACUAUGUUUAGCCUGUAUGUUGGGUAAUAAAAAUGUUGUGCAACUAUUGUUACAACGAAAUGCUGAUGUUGGUCAUUGGGAUCGUAAUGGCAGAACACCUUUACUCUUAGCUUGUGCUAAUGGACAUCAUAAUGUAGUUAAAAUUCUUCUCGAAUUCCAAAGAGGCAAACAAGGGACGAAAAAGGAGAUUUUUAAGAAAGAUAAUUCAGGAUGGUCCCCUUUAUCUCUAGCUGCAUUUCACGGUCACGAACAAGUGGUUCAGCUACUUCUUUUUUAUGGCGCAUCAUUAAAUGAAUUAGAUGCAUGGAAACGUUCGCCGUUGAUGUUGACAGCCCAUGAAGGUCAUACAUCUCUACUUGAACAACUUCUUCAAGCUGGAUGCUCCGUAAAUUUAAGGUCUUUAGAAGGUCGUUCAUCCCUUCAUUAUGCUACAAUAUUUGGUCAUAUCAGUUGUGUGGAAAAGUUACUUGAAAAAGAGGCAGAUGUUAAUCUUUAUGAUUCUAACGGAGCAACUCCUCUAAACUAUGCUGCAAAAGAAGGUAAUUCAAAACUAUGUGAAGUUUUACUGAAGGGAGGAGCUAAAGUGAAUUGUCAAGAUCAAAAGGGAAGAACCCCUUUGCACGUCGCUGCCUGGAGUGGAUUUUUCAAUGUGGCUGAAAAAUUGAUAGAAUAUGGCGCUGAUGUAAAUCAUAUGUGUUUGCUUGGCUACACACCAUUAAUGACAGCAGCUUGGCAAGGCCAUACGUCUAUUUUAAAUUUACUGCUCAAAAAAAAUGCUCUUGUUGACGUUAUGUCUUCUAACGAUAAAGCAUCAGCUCUGAAUAUUGCGGCUCAACAAGGUCAUGAAGAUGUUGUCAGGUUGUUGCUGAAUUAUAACGCUUCAAUAGUUGCAGAUAAGUAUGGGCGAGAUCCUAAAAAGGUCGCUCUACAGGCAGGUCAUCGAGGAAUCGUGAAUAUCAUCGAUUCUUUCAAUUCUUUGGCCGUAAGUGAUGGCAAUUUUACUGAUACCUUAAAAAGACAAUUUCCUAAACUCACGAAAGGAUCGUCAAACGUUGAUAUCUUAGCUUCAAAGCAAAAGAAAAUAAUCACAAGGCAAACUUCAAAUAGUAGCUCAUUUGGCAAUUAUGGUGGCAGUAGUGAUAUGGCUGAUUCAAACGCAAGCAUUAGUUCCAAUGAUCCCAUACCAUCUUUUGAUGAAGAAUAUUCUCAUUCAUACAACGGUCCAUUUAGUGAAACAACCACGAUAAUGUCGUCUAUGUCUAGUUUUAAACUAAGUGAAGCAACUGUUCAGACAAACUCUACUGUCGCCAUUGAUGAAGAGGUUUUUUUUUCAAGAUCUUCAUCUCAAACAAAUCCUUUUGAUUCUGACAUUAGGUACCAUGGCUUUGACCCAGCUCAUUUGAAAAAUGCUUUAGAAAUUUCGUCGACAGAAACUGUUUUGUAGCGUACAGUUUAAGUCAUUGGUAAUGAAUUUUCGAAAGAAACGUUUAGGGAAGUGAUGUUUGAAGCAAAAUUGAGAUAAUCCAGCAAAUCGAUUUACAUUGUUGUAAUGAAGUGUAUUAUUUUAAUGCUCAAGAACGAAAAGAUUGAUGUAUCGUUAAUACAAAAGAUAAACAUAUUUUACUACACCAUUACUAGAACUAUAA